CUUGCUGUCGCUUGACUGUGACGUCAGCGCUGUCUCCCGCACCACAUGUGUUUGAAAUGGUUGAAUUUUCUUCAAAACAUAUUAUAAUUAACACGUAAAAAUAACAUAUACAGGAUAAGAGUAACUGUCUUCAUUCUACGGCUGUAAUCGUCACUUAAGUUAUGGCUUUGCUGGAGACGAAAAAAGAUAAAACGGACCAAGAAACACAAGCCAUGGUCAGUGAUGAAGAGUUACAUAAAGAAGAUGAUGGUGAGGAGGAAAAAGAUGAUGGCGAAGAAGUUGAUGGUGUGAAGGAGAAAGAUGAUGGCGAAGAAGAUGCUGAUCAGGAGAUGAGUUGUGAAGAUGAAGCUGUCGAUCUGGACGCUGAUGAUGAUGAUGAUGGGUCUGAGAAACCAAAGAAAAAAUGUAUUCCUGGUAUAGUGUAUUUGGGACACAUUCCUCCUAAAAUGAGACCAAAACAUGUAAGGAACAUGUUGAGUGUGUAUGGCGAGAUUGGACGGGUAUUCUUACAACCUGAAGAUCGCUGCAUUAAAAGAAAGAAAAAGAAAGCAGGAAGCAAUUCUUCUAGUUUCACAGAAGGAUGGGUGGAAUUCAGAGACAAACGCAUCGCCAAACGAGUCGCAGCCAGUCUGCACAACACACCUAUGGCCAACAGAAAAAGAAGCCGAUACAGCAGUGAUCUAUGGUCCAUAAAGUACUUGCACAGGUUCCAGUGGUGCCAUCUUAGCGAGCGGCUGGCCUACGAACAGACCGUCUAUCACCAGCGUAUGAGGACAGAAAUCUCCCAGGCCAAGAAGGAGACAAACUUCUACCUGGCCAGUGUGGAGAAGAGCCAGAACUUUCAGAAACUCAGGAAGAAGAAGGAGAAGAAGGGAGAGGCUGUGGAGGAGAAGUCCUGGGACUUUAAACAGCGGCCUACAGAAGACGAGAUCCAGUUGAAACGUAUGAAGAGUAAAGGCAUGUCUAAAGCAAACCUCAAGAAGGCUCAGGAGAAGAGCAAAGCCAUCCAGGAAAAAUCUCAGUCCAAUGUGUCUCUCCUGGCAAAGAUCUUCAACAGUGGCAGGGCCCAGGAUUGAUGAGAACAAUAAAUGUGCUGUUAGUAGUCUUCUUUAUAUUUUUCAGUCUUGGAAUGGAUGUUGGCCACAAAACUGAUAUAAAUCACAUGUAUUAACACGCUGAAAUCCCCCACCACAGCGGCUUAAUAAUAAACAGUGUACUGUUUUACAAUGUAAGAGGCUUAACCUUUUCGUAAGCAUAAUUCAUUGUUCAUGAAAUUGUAGUCUGAUGCAGACCUGUGUCUGUUUAUCACAUUUGGAAAGUAAUUAUUUUGUUCAUUAAUUGCUUUUUGGUCAUGUAAAGGUAAAAGUGUGAUUUGGACUGUAUGCAUAAAAUUGUGCAGCCCAACUGUUGUCAACACACAUUUCACGUCUUUUAUUUUUAUUUAUUAAAAUACAGUCACAUCAAUAUAAAGGACUUCAUGGGACAUUCUGUGCUCAGAAAACAGGCAUGGUUAUGUCCAUAUUUAAUAGAUGAAAUGUCCCAGCUGUAUCAAACAAUACAAUCGCUGUUAAAAAAAAAACAUCUAUUUUAUCUUAAGUGUUACUAUAGGGGUGCAAAUUAAAAUCUAGUUAAUUAAAUAUGUUGCAUAAAAGAUAUUCAAACACUUCCUAGACAGAGUUUAUCCUAGUCCCAGAUUACAAUGCAUGCUUAAUUUAAAAACACUUUGCAUUGACAUAUACGUGCUGUUGUUUUGGCUCAAGAUGCACUUAUUAAAAACUACUUAAAUGUCCGAAUACAGUGGUUCUCAGGGGGGCCGCGAGAUGGUGCCAGGGGGCCCCAGUUUUAUGAAAUUUUAUAAAAUAUACAUUAAUUUAUCAUGAAUUCUGUAUAAUAAACCUAAAAAAUAAGGCUAGUAACCAACAGCACUGUAUGAUUUAAAAUGUUUUGUAAAAUUUUACAUUUUAGAAUUGGUUUUGUCAUAAAUUUUCUUUGGGGGGCUGCGAAGGAAUGUGCUGUAGACAAGGGGGGCUCACUGAAAAAGUUUGAUAACCACUGUCCUAAUUUAUCUAAUGCCUAGUCCUGGAUUAAUCUAAACACGGUCCGGGAAAACGCCCC